CGCGGGGUUUAAGAUGGCGGAUUUGUUGCGUUUGCUUAAGUUGCAUUUUGAAAAAUAUCUUUAUUGUUCCUGUUUAAUUUUGUUCGUGUACUCAAUUUAAAUAAAGCGCUGGAGUAUUUGAAUCAGAGUCAGGAACUCAUGGAGCUUCCCAACUACAGCAGGCAGCUGAUGCAGCAGCUUUACACUUUAAGGAAGGAAGGCCAGUUCUGUGACUGCACCAUUCUCCUAGGAGUCACCCCCUACAGAGCCCACAAGCUAGUCCUGGCUGCCUCCAGCUUACUCUUCAAAUCACUACUUGAGAACUCGGAGACGAUUUCCAUAGAUCCUUCUGUUGCCACCUCAGAUGAGUUUGCUAACCUGCUAGAGAUGAUCUACACAGGCAAGCUGCCCCCUGGCAAGCACAACUUUACCAAAGUCAUCUCCAUCGCAGACAGCCUGCAGAUGUUCGAUGUGGCGGUGAGCUGCAAGAAUAUCCUAAACAGUCUAUUAAAAAGAUCCACAUGUGAACAAGCAGAGUCCAGCAGAGAUGCUAGCUGCACAGAACCUGCACCAGAUCAUACCAGGGACAACCAGGCUUUGGUACCUGCUGCAGUAACCACACAUGAGUCCAAGAAAGAUGCCCCUGAGCUCUCCACCACUUUGAACUUAAAAGAAGCGCAGGAAGACGCACCCCUUUUGGAAGAAGUUCAUCAGCAGCUGAGUGAAAUCGGGGAUCUGGAACGGUCUACAAAGCCUAUAUUCUCUGCAGAAGUUAAAGACGAUCUGACUGAGGAGAGUGGCAUUCAGGACCCUUCAGGAGGCAGCCAUGAAAAUUCUCCACCUCGGAAGAGAUGUCGAUUAGCAUUAUCUGACGGGUCUGAAGAUGAUGUAGAGGUUUUGGUGCAGAGCAAGAGUCGAAUUGCUGAAGCGAUUAAAGAUGCACAGCCACUCGUUCAUUUAGUUGAGACCAGCGAGUCACUUUCAAGCUCAGAGAAACAGAUUAUUUUAGAUUGCUGUAAAGAAGAUCAAGGUGUUCCAAACGUUUUUGACCGGUUACUCAACAAAGUCACUGAUGAGAAGAGUCUCCCUGUGGAUACCCUGUUAUCAGUACUAGACCUCUUAAGAGAGUCCUACCCAGAGCUAAACAAUGUGCUUCAGACUAGAAGUCUAAGAGAAGACAGCUUAGCAGGUGCUGCUCCAGAGGACAGAGCGUUCUUUGACUUGCUUCUUGCUCAUGUCGAUGAGCUGGGGGACAGUGUGACUGAGCUGAGCCCCAUCACUGAGUGCAUGGAAACGGCAACGGAAGGAUUUCUAACAGAACUGGAGAAGGAGACUGUUCUUGAAUGCUGUAAAGGAGUGUCCCCCAAGGAAGCCAUUGCAAAUCUUUUAAACAAGGUGACGACAGAGAAGAGUGUAGAUCAGAUCAGCCUGUUGAAACUGCUCCACGCAGUUAAAGAGGCCUUCCCCAACCUGCAGCUGCUAUUGGAGAGACUUGAAGCAGAGUGGGCACAGCGUGGGGGAACAGAAGAGAAGAGCCUAGAGGAAUAUGGAGCAGAGCUCUUGAGGAAAUACCAUGAAAGCCUCUGUGAGAUACUGAGUGAGCCCCAUCCUCUCACUGACAGCCUAGCAGCAGCUGGAGAUAUCCCUACAGAGGAAAGAGAGUUUGUGAAGAAGAUGCUGGAGGAGGAUAAGGACCCUGGCAGCUUUGGCCGGAUGAUCUCUGUGGUUCUGGAGGAGCGCAGCAUACAGACCCUGUCAGUGUGGAGGAUGCUGCUCAGAGCACAGAGAGAGGUUCCACUUCUAGCUUUACUGAUAGAGGAGAUUAGGAGGGACCCGGACGCGGAUAAGCUCAUCCAAUCAGUCUUUGACAAGGAAAGCAGAGCAUUGGAUAUUUUAUUCAGACAUAAGGAGUUGGUCACAGAGGCGAUUGAUGACCUUGGCGUGUUAUUAGCCUGUGUAGCACAGGGUGUGGAGUGUCCAACGGGGGAAGCCAUUGAGAUUAUAAGAAACUGUUGCAAGAAAGAAGGUCCAAAGGAGUCAGUAACUAGUCUUUUAAGUAAAAUACUUGAAGAAAAAUCAAUUUCUGCUCUUCCGUUUUGCAAGCUGCUGUGCAUCAUCAGAGAGUCCUUUCCCAGUCUCAUGCCACUGGUUGAAGAGUUGGAGCGAGCAGAAACAGAAACUGAAGAAUAUGCAAAAGGGAAGCUAAAGAAGCGAAGCGGCGCAGAGAUGGAGGUGAUGCUGGAUGAAGAGAGCAGCCCCUCCGAGCUGAAGGAGGAGACGCAGAAGAGGAGCAGCAAGCAAGGCUUCACCUGCAAGUGGUGUGACAAGAGCUUUGAGUUCAAGUGCAGGAUGGAGGUACAUCUGAAGCGCUGCCGCCUGGCCUCUCAGGCUCCGGUGGAGUGCCCGGAGUGCGGGGAGACCAUGUCCUCUUUGAGAGCCCUGCAGCUGCACACCUCGCAGUCCCACGGAGACGCCCCCAGGAAGAAGAGGAAGCAGGGGGCCGUGACCUGCGACAUCUGUGGCAAAAGCUUUGCACAUCAGUCAGGCAUGCUUUACCACAAGCGCGCAGACCACUUUGAUGAGAAGCCCUAUUCCUGUGAUCAGUGUGGGGCAAAGUUUGCUGCCAACUCUACCCUGAAGAACCACAAGAGACUGCAUACUGGAGAGAGGCCCUUCUUCUGCAAGCACUGUGACAUGAUGUUCACACAGGCUGCGGCGCUUGCUUACCACACCAAGAAAAAGCACUCUGAAGGUAAGAUGUAUGCCUGCCAGUACUGUGACAAUGUGUUUGCCCAGUCCAUCGAGCUCACCCGCCACGUGAGGACGCAUACGGGAGACAAGCCGUACGUGUGCAGGGAGUGCGGGAAAGGGUUCAGCCAAGCCAACGGCUUGUCCGUCCAUCUGCACACCUUCCACAAUAUCGAGGACCCCUAUGACUGCCAGAAGUGCCGUAUGAGUUUCCCCACCCUGGAUGAGCACAAGAAGCACAUCCAGGUGGUCCAUCCUCGGGAAUACUACCCCUGUGAGACCUGCUCCAAAGUCUUCAGCGCCUCUUCUGUGUUGGAGAGACACAUGGUCACCCAUGUGGGAGGGAAGCCUUACAAAUGCGAAAUCUGCAACAAAGCAUAUCAGCAACUCUCAGGACUGUGGUAUCACAACCGCACCCAUCAUCCUGAUAUAUUUGCUGCGCAGAAUCAUCGCUCUUCAAAGUUUGCUUCUUUCCCGUGCUCCUCUUGUGACAAAUCAUUUCCCAACAUAACAUCUCUCAAAAGACACAUGAAAGCAGAUCAUGCAGAUGCAGAGCUUUAUGAGUGCCAGAGCUGUAAAGAGGUCUUCACUACAUUGGGGCUACUGAAGAAGCACACCACAACCAAACACACAGGCACACUGCAGAACCAAGUCAGCACUGAGCAUUUCAGCCACGAUGGGGAGGCCUUCCAGUGUGGCCACUGUGACCUUCUCCUCCCCUCCCAGCAGUCCCUGGAACAGCACUUCCAAACCCAGCACCCAGGGGCAGGACUGGUCCAGGCUCCAGCCAUUGCAGCACAGAUGGUUAUCCAGGCAUCUGAACAGACGGAGGUGUCCGAGGAGCUGAUUGCCCUGGAAGAGGCUCAGCUUGGCAGAUCACAAGUGUACGUUGCCCUGGCAGAUUCCCAGAACAAUGCGUCCGGAUCGGAGAUCGUCGCUGUCAGCAUGGAGGACUUGCUGGAUGGAACAGUGACUCUAAUCUGCGGAGCAGAAGCUCAGUGACAUCUCACAAGACACACCUAGUUUAGCAGAUUUAAUCAUUUUUGCCAUGCUUAUUUAUGUCUAGUGGUUUCUAGGCAAAUGUACAAAAUACUGUGUACAUAUAAAACAUCCUUUCAAGAUUAAUUCAUAACAAAAAAGAAUGGUAUUUUAACUUCCUGAUAAUUGGAUUAGUUUUGGGUGAUUUAAACCCUCUUCGUCAUUGUUGGUU